AUGCCCCGACACGCGCCGAGGCGCCCCCCCGCCCCCCCGGGUAGGGUGGGUACCUUGAGAAACGUGUUCCGCCAUCUACCCGCACGAGGUGCAUCGAAAACCGCGACCCCCCCCGACCAGCCGGUUGAGGUGGGUAGGCCGCAACGCGGAUUUCUCGAUGUACCGACAGAAAAACCACCACUUCAAGAACCCGCCUCUGGCUCCCCGGAGCCGAGGCCUGACGUCACAUCGACCCCGAACACCUCUACGACCCCGCGGGAAGUCCCUUUCCGGCCUCCCCCGUGCAGUCACCAGGAUCGUGAUCGUAUCCUGGCCGACAGCCCGGGCAAAGCCGGGUCCCUGCCCGUGUCGCCUAUAACGGCACGCGCAAGGGAUAUGAUCCAUAGGCUCAAGGGAUACUUCCACGGCGAGGAAGUGGAGCUCCGGCCAGAAGACCACGAGGCCCUUCGCAAAGCGGAGGCCAACCCCGAGUCCAGUAUCGCCAAAGCGCUGGAACUACUGGGCAAACCACCAGCCCCAACCAAGCAGCCGCCGUCGUUCACGGAGAUCAUCCGGAGCAUCGGCCCCCCACCGUAUAUCGCGCCGUAUAAGGAGGAAGACACCACGGACCGACCCGUGGCCCCCUUCCUGGGGGCCGCGGCCACCACCCCGCCUGGCCCCGACAGCACGCCCAACGCCGCAGCCGCCCCUGCGGCUCCCAGGCCCGCGGUCGUGCCCACGGCCCCGCAACCCCUGCCGCAGGCGAGCGGUGACUCAGUCGCCGCCCCAACGCACCCCGAGGCCCUCAAGCCCAGGACCCCGACCGCCGCCACAACACACACCAGCAGCCCCGCGUCCGCCGCAGCGCCCGCUGUGGCAAACGGACAGCAGGCCGCACCCCCCGCGGCCCCCAGCACCCGCAGAACACGCAAGCCGAGCGCUGGCCCCCGCAAGGGCGCCAAACGCGCUCCUACUUGCUCCAAGGCGCCCCCACAGGGCACCAUGGAACCCGCCAACCCAGCGCCCACCGCAGUCUCCCCGACCGGCCCCGGACCACCGGCCGGCCACUGCCCCCGCCGGCAGUCCGCCGCGCCGCUACACGCGCGCCCGCCGGACGAACGCCGCCACCGCUGCCAGCCCUCACGAGCCGACAGCCCAGGACGACGAGCAGGGUACCUCGUCGCCCCCGACAACCCACGCAAGCCUAGAGGACUCCAGCCACCCCACAAGGACGACGGAAAUGGAGCACCCGUCGCCCCCACUACGCCGCUGACAGGCCACCUGCCAGCCGCAGACUGGCCACCAACACCAACGGAGACCAGUACAAGAAGCCACGCCUAG